AUGCCCUCGCUUCGACUUUUUCGCACUUCGCUGCUCGCCGCACGCCGCGCUGCUCACCGUUCUCCUUCGCCAUCGCAAUUCAGGAGACUGGUUACCUCGUCGACUGUCGUCCCACAAUCGCUGAUUGGCUUCGUUUCAUCUGGUAGUGUGACAAUGCCAGGGGGGCCAGAAGCAGCUGGUGAUCCGGGAUUCACGGCAGCGACCAGCACUGAUGCCACCACGUCACGCGUGGAAUCUUCAGCCGAAGGCGCCACGCAAGCCACGUGGACGCACCGAUCGAAUCCGUUUAUUCCGCGUGACGUGGCGGAGAUCGUGGUGGUGCGACACGGCGAGACGACGUGGAAUCGCGAGAACCGCAUGCAGGGGCAGACGGAGUCGGACCUCAGCGACGUUGGGCGCGCUCAGGCCCGCGCGCUGGCAGCUCGCUUCGCGGCGGGCGACCUGCCAUUCACAGCGCUGUAUUCGUCAGACCUCAGGCGGGCGGCAGAGACGGCGGAGGCGGUGGCAGAGGCGGUGGGCAUGGGGGGAGAGCAGGUGGUGCGGCUGCAGGGGCUCAGGGAGCGCAACUUGGGGGUUCUAGAGGGCCUCGUUCGGGAGGAAGCUUCUCGGAAGUACCCUGAGGCCUACGGCAUAUUGACCUCAAAGGACUGGAGUCAACCCAUUCCUGGAGGGGGAGAGAGCUUGGAGGCCAUGUAUGGGAGGGUGACAACAACCGUCAAUCGCAUUGCCAAGGAGCACCUCGGCCAAAGGGUGCUCCUGGUGACUCACGGUGGAGUGUGCAAUUGCAUUCAAAUGAAGGCAUCAGGAAACAGGCAUGCGAAGAAAGUGUACAACACAUCGAUUGGCAUUGUUAGAAUAACACCUCCAGACAAGUGGACCAUCUUACGGUGGGCCGAUGUUGAACACCUCAAAGCUGUAGACUAUGAUAAGCAGGCUUUUGGAGGUGGGGCCGAUUCUGGCUAA